AGGUGCCCUCUGGACAAUCCGAGUCAAUGUUUUUCCCUAUUAUACCCGCUGUUAUUGGAGACAUUGACAUUUCUGUCAAAGCUCAGUCGGUUAUAGCAGCGGAUGCAGUGAAAAGGAAACUAAGAGUGGAGGCGGAAGGAGUUAAGAAGGAGUAUAAUGUUCCUUUAAUAAUUGACAUGACCAACAAGACCACCGACCAUCAUAGCGUCCCCAUUGAAUUCCCAAGUUCACUGGUUAAAGGAUCAGAAAGAGUACAAGUUUUAACCAUAGGUGACUAUAUGGGACCAUCUGUUUCCGGUUUAGACAAAUUACUAGCAUUACCAACGGGAUGCGGAGAGCAGACUAUGAUCGGCUUUGCCCCAGAUGUGUCUAUUUUUAGUUAUCUUCAAAGAACUGGACAAUUAACAGAUCAAAUAAAAGAUAAAGCCUUGUCUUUUAUGGAAAAAGGCUAUCAACGGGAACUCAAGUUUCAGCAUAGGGACGGCUCAUUUAGUGUUUGGGGUUCUAAAGACAACUAUGGAAGUACUUGGUUGACAGCUUUCGUUUUGAAAUCCUUUGCACAAUCUGCAUCGUAUAUUGACAUCAACAGUGAAGUUUUGGAGAAAGCCCAGCAGUGGCUAAUUAACCGUCAAAUGAGCUGGGGCUCCUUUAGCGAACUCCAGGGAGUCAAUUCCCUCUCCCUACAGGGUGGAUCUCACAAAGAAUUAACUCUGACAGCUUUUGUAACUAUAGCACUAGUAGAAAGCAAAGAUGUUGUUAGCAAUACUCGACUGGACUAUGUGCUACAGAGAUCUAAGGGAUAUCUAGAGCAGCAUGCUAAAUAUCUGAGAGAUUCUUAUGAUAUUGCCAUCGUCAGUUAUGCUCUUGAACUUACCAGAAGUCCCAUGGCUACGGAAGUGAUGAAGAAAUUGGAACCCCAGCCUUCAUCAGCCUUCACCACCACGACAACACCCAAACCUUGUAUGUAA